AUGGACACCGAGUACUACAACAUAUCCCUCAAGGCGAAGCUGACAAAGGAGAUGGAGCGUGCCGCGAACGAGAAGAUUGACUUCCUGGAGGAGCUCGAGAAGCGCGACGACACCAUCGCGUCUCUCACCGCCGAGAUAACCCGUCUCACCGAGGCACUCCGGGUGUCAGAAGCACGGAGAGUGCCGGAGGCCCCGCCGUGUGCUACCGCGCAAGCUCCUAGCGAGGGUGGCUCGGCGGAUUCGGCCAACAUGGGAGCCGGCGCCGACGGAGGGGACGACAAACCCCCGCCACCCCCACAGACGGACGUGGAGGCUAGUUACGAGCUCAACGUGGUACAACCGUGGCGGGAGGCCAAGACCCCGGGGUUCAUCGACCGCCACACCCUCCUCGCCGGCGCGACACAGGGUGCACUCAACAAGAAGGUGCGCCGCAUGCUGAAGGUCAUGGAUGCGGUGCGCCAGCUACGCGCGAGCGACGGCGACGCCAACACCGAGGCCGUGGUCGACACACUGCAUAGGAUCGCGGCAUCGGGCAUCGGGACCUUCGCCGAUGCCCUCACGGUGCUCAAACCGGGAACGGCACCGAUGUUGUCCAAAGAGCCUGGUUUGGGAGUCAAGGGGCUGGGCCCCAAGGUGGUGUCGAAGCUACGCCUCGCCUGUGCGCUUGUGGCGCUCAACUUGAAGCAGAGUGAUUGGGUCGAAACCCUGUUUCCAGACACGUGGGAGGAGCAGAUGCCGAAGACCAAGGCCGACCUGGCGAAGCCGACGGCCCCGGCCAAGUCGACAGCACCGGCCAAGCCGACCGCUCCGGUGCACCGUCCUCCGACCAAGCACAAGAAGUCGGCAUGA